UUUCAGGUGGCGCUGGCCAUUGGUGGACAGGAUGGGGGCGGGGCCUGAGGUUUUUGCCGGUACCGUCUGGGGGUAAGGCGCCCCCCUCCUUCAGAAUGACGCUGGACGUGGGACCAGAGGAUGAGCUGCCCGACUGGGCUGCGGCCAAGGAGUUUUACCAGAAGUAUGACCCUAAGGACGUCAUUGGCAGAGGAGUGAGCUCUGUGGUCCGCCGUUGCGUGCAUCGAGCUACUGGCUGUGAGUUUGCGGUGAAGAUCAUGGAGGUGACAGCCGAGCGCCUGAGUCCCGAGCAGCUGGAGGAGUCACUCUCAUCGAUUCCUACGAGUCUUCUAGCUUCAUGUUCCUGGUGUUUGACCUGUAUUUCAACCGCCGACCCUUUGGGCCAAACAGCCCCUGCCAUCCAGUUCCCCCUUGGAGUGGUCUGUCUCGAGACCCUUCCAUUUGUCUGCAGUGGGAUCUCUCUUCCACGGUAUAUUCUGAUGCGGAAGGGGGAGCUGUUUGACUAUCUCACAGAGAAGGUGGCCCUGUCAGAAAAGGAAACCAGGUCCAUCAUGCGGUCUCUGCUGGAGGCAGUGAGCUUUCUCCACGCCAACAACAUUGUGCACCGAGACCUGAAGCCCGAGAAUAUUCUCCUAGAUGACAACAUGCAGAUCCGACUUUCAGAUUUUGGGUUCUCCUGCCACUUGGAACCUGGCGAGAAGCUGCGAGAGCUGUGCGGGACUCCAGGCUAUCUAGCACCGGAGAUCCUCAAGUGCUCCAUGGAUGAAACCCACCCAGGCUACGGCAGGGAGGUUGACCUCUGGGCCUGUGGGGUGAUCUUGUUCACGCUCCUGGCUGGCUCGCCACCAUUCUGGCACCGGCGCCAGAUCCUGAUGUUGCGCAUGAUCAUGGAGGGCCAGUACCAGUUUAGUUCACCCGAAUGGGACGACCGUUCCGACACCGUCAAAGACCUGAUCUCGAAGCUGCUGCAGGUGGAUCCGGAGGAGCGCCUGACAGCUGAGCAAGCCCUCCAGCACCCGUUCUUUGAGCGCUGCCAGGGCAGCCAGCCCUGGAACCUCACCCCCCGCCAGCGGUUCCGGGUGGCAGUGUGGACAGUGCUGGCCGCUGGGCGGGUGGCCUUGAGCGCCCACCGUGUCCGGCCACUGACCAAGAGUGCUCUGUUGAGGGACCCCUAUGCGCUGCGACCGGUGCGGCGCCUCAUCGACAGCUGUGCCUUCCGGCUCUAUGGACACUGGGUGAAGAAGGGUGAGCAGCAGAACCGGGCAGCUCUCUUCCAGCACCGGCCCCCUGGGCCUUUCCCCAUGAUGGCCCCUGAAGAGGAGGGGGACUCAGCGACUAUCCCAGAGGACGAGCCCAUGCUGGUGCUGGGCUAGCACUUCAGCCCUGAGGAAUCCCGGGAAGCAGGACUCUCCAGGACGAGCUUUAUCAUUCCAGCCCCUCUGGGCUCUGGCCUCAGGCCCCCGUGCCCGGCCAGGCCCACCACUGAUCAUACUGUCAUAGGGACCAGCCCUGUACACCCACCCCCUCUGGCCAGGGCUUUGAGAACAGAGCUGAGGUGGAAGAGAGCCACCCAGUGCGCCACGCCUGGCCUUGACAGUGCUGCCUGUGCCACAUAUGCAAUAAAACCCGCUAUACGCCAGGGA